CAUCUCGUCUCGCUCUCAUGUGUCCUUUCAUCCCAGCGUCGCCCUGCGAGACUUCAACUUUCAGCCAAGAUGUCGGAGCUUGUUAGAGCUUCGCUGAGCUCCAUGACUGCAGGACUGUGUAGUUGCAAGGAGUGGAUUAAUGCCAUAUGCAAAGAUUUAGAGCCAUGGCAAAUAAUUCUAUACAGCUGUGGCACCACUGUCCUCAUCAUCACAGUGAAAGAUAUCAUAUUUCAAGAAGAAAGUCUUAAAAAACGUACCACUAGAGAAUUUUUUCGUUUGGUGAAGAAGAUACCAGCCAUAAAAAGAAAAAUUGAGGAGGAACUUUCAAAGACCAGAAAGGAUAUAGAAGACAGCAUGAACAAGUCUAUAAAGGGAUCAAACUAUUUGCGAAAUCUUCCACUGAAGGGUUUUACAGAGGAAGAGGUUUUGGGAAUGCUUCAGCAGUAUAAACAGCUAGCAAAGGAUGACUGGAAGAAAGGAAAGGUGUCUGGCACAGUGUACAGUGGAGAGGAUAAACUAACAGAGCUUAUGGCAAAGACAUAUGGCAUGUUUGCCUGGAGCAAUCCUCUACAUCCAGACGUCUUUCCUGAUGUGAGGAAGAUGGAAGCUGAAGUGGUGCGCAUGUGCUGUACGAUGUUCAAUGGAAACGAGGACACUUGUGGAUCCACGACAUCUGGUGGCACGGAGAGCAUCAUGUUAGCUUGUUUAGCAUACCGCAACAUAGCUCGCAGCAGAGGGAUCAAAGUGCCAGAAAUAAUUGUUCCUCAUACAGCUCAUGCUGCUUUUGACAAGGCUGCAAGCUUUUUCCACAUGAAGAUAACUCACAUUCCAGUUGAUGAGGUCACAUGUAAAGUGGACGUUGCAGCCAUGAAACGGGCAAUUAGCAGAGAAACUUGCAUGCUUGUUGUCUCUGCACCAUCAUUUCCUCAUGGAAUUAUUGAUCCUGUAGAAGAAGUGGCAGAACUAGGGAGAAAGUAUAAUGUACCAGUGCAUGUAGACUGUUGUCUGGGUGGAUUCCUUGUCCCAUUCAUGGAAAAGGCUGGCUAUUCUCUUGCACCUUUUGACUUCCGGGUAUUGGGUGUGACCAGCAUAUCAGCAGACACCCAUAAGUACGGUUUUGCACCUAAAGGCUCUUCUGUCAUCAUGUAUCGAAACAGUGCACUUCACAAACAGCAAUUCUUUGUUCAACCUGACUGGCCUGGUGGUAUUUAUGCCUCGCCCACCAUGGCAGGUAGCCGUGCUGGAGCCAUCAUAGCAGCAUGCUGGGCCACCAUGCUGUACUUUGGUGAGCAAGGCUACAUUAACUCCACUCGGGCUAUUGUUUCCACUACCAAGUACAUCACUGAUGAGCUGAAAAAAGUUGAUGGCAUAUUUGUUUAUGGAAGUCCAGAAGUGUGUGUAAUAGGAAUUGGAUCUAAGCACUUCAAUAUCUACCGUCUGUUUGAGGACCUUGUUGGGAAGGGCUGGAUCAUCAACUCAUUGCAGUUUCCCGCUAGCAUUCAUCUGUGUGUUACCAUGCCCACCACCCAGUCAGGUGUAGCUGAUCAGUUUGUGAAUGAUGUCCGGACAGCUGUGGAGGAAAUCAUGAAAACACCCAGUAAAGACUGUGAGGGGGUGGGUGCCAUAUAUGGCAUGGUCCACAUACCAGACCGUUCUCUGGUGGAGGAGAUUGCAGGCUGCUUUUUGGAGUCAUGCUACAAUACCAAGAAUGUACCUGAUUCUUGUGGGCAACCAGUAGCCAAUGGAGCUACACAUGGGAGCAAAUAAAUGGCAUUGUUUGGUGCUGAAAUAAGCAAAAGCAGUUUAUUUGAUUAUGUUUUUUUACAGGGCCUACAUUACAGAAAAGGAGAAAGAUGGACAUGGAGACUCAAUUAAGCAUACAUUUAAGUGAGAAGGUACGACAUAAUAAAACAAUGAAAGUUAAGCAUGGACUACUGCAGUGCAAAUGCUUAAAUCACUGCUUUUUAUGGAAGAGCUCCUAAGAGGACUGCAAGGUAUUUGUUUUGAUUUAUAUCUGUUGCAUAGCAAUAUGCUUAAAAGCUGCAAGGUACCUUCAGUACUGCCACUCAAGGUGGAUGGAGAAAUGUAACUUGUUUAUCAAUUUAUUGACUGACACUCAUCUUGUUUCUGCACUUUCUAUGCCAAGCUGUACAGUAAGGUAAAUGUUCAGACAUGUAAAGUUAAUCUUCUAAUGCAUGGCAAGUCCUAUCAAAUAUUUUUAGUAGUCUUCUGCUGUCAGCUUAUUUCAACAAAAGGUGCAAGACAGGAAAAUGCUUUCUUACACAGACAAGAAAAUGUUGAACAAUACAACAUUCAUCUUCAUUGACUGCGCAAUAAAGACUUUCAAGAGAAACUUUAGUUUUAAAGUAUUAGGUGGUCAUUAUUUUUCAAUAUAUCAGUAGAUGUCAGUAUCUUGUGCAAGUAAACAAGAUAAAUGUAUUUGCAGUCAUAUCCUAAACAUGUAUGCAUACACACAAAUAUAUAUAUGCAAACACCAAGAAUGCACAUGGUCAUUGCUCAUGCAUAUGAGAGGGAGGAAGAAUGAGUUGUGUGUUGUAUGAGUUCUUGCCUUGUCAGAACAUUCCAAGUAAUAAAGGAUUCUCCAUGGAGCUGAUGUAAAGUCUAAGGAAUGGUGUGCAGGGUCAUUAUCCCAUCUGGAAAAACCAUCACUGAUGUUUUUUAUUUUGUCCUGAUUUGUAAAUAUACCUCUCCAGAAAACUGGUCGCAGGUAUCCUGAACCUGAUAAAAUGAUGUCACUUUGUGAGAAUGGCUACCUGGAGUUAACAUUGUAUUGUGACAGAAGAUGGCAGUGUGCUUGAAUGGGACAUGACACAGGAACACAUAGUUUUCGUUCUGACAGGAAAAAUUUUGGCAUUAGUGUGUUCUGUUGCAAGCAUUUUUGCUUACUUUAAGCUGCAUGGUCUCUAGCACAAUUAUUACUUUUUCAAGACAAAGAAUUGGCUAGCUUUUGUUCAAAUUAUGGCUCAUUUUAUAAGGAUAUGUUACUUUUUAUUUUCCAUUUAAAUUAUCUCAUCUCUUGGAGUCAGCACAUAUGUCUAAACUUUUAUGUUUUUUAGUUGUAUUUUUUUAUAACAUGAGGCAUUUUGUACAAUGCGCUAGUGCCAGCUUUUCUUUUAACAAAGUAGAUAUAAAAUCUGAAAAAGGCCAAUAACCUAAUGAAGCCUUACACACUGUUGAGGUACAUAAACUGUUAUAAAUUAUGCUGUCUGCAUGAAUUUUAUUUCAAAAGCUUUUCUUGAAAGUUUAGUAGCGUACAUGAAAAUGUAAAUCAGUGUGUUGAAGGAAAAAAAAAAGCUGAGAAUUCAAGCCAGUUUUGUAGAGGAGACACUGGUCUAUAAACCCACUCCUCCAAAGUAAAAGAUUUUAUAUGUGUGUGCACGUGCAGGCCCAGUAUUUUUAAAUCCAUAACAUUCAAUCCGUCAGAUCCCUGUGUUGGGAUAGCACUGUAUCUGUGUGUAGAGGAGAGUGCAAUGUGUGUGUUGGUGUAGAACUUGCAUACGAGAGCUGGGUCUAAAUGACAUUUUUAAAAAACCUGGAUUAUAUAUGGGUGAUAGUUGUUGGAAUGUGGAAAACAGAUUAACUAUUAUUCUGAGAACACCAUCCUAGUGCAGAAUAAGCAUUUUUUAUUUUUUGUUGUUCUUAUGGCUAGUGUGAUUUUUUUUUUGUAACGAAUGAGCACAGUUUGAAAUUUCUCUGUCCCCAACUGGCAAGUUCACUCUGUUUAUCCAGCAGUAAAUAGGCGUCAUGGAAUGUUGGAGAAAAAGAGGGAUUAACUCUGCUGUUCAUGUGCCAUGCCCUACAUCUUUUUUUACACCCAUGUAGCCAUCAUACUAUGAGAAUGAGCGGUAUGUGAUGUAAGCAAUUGUGUCUCCCUAUCUUUACCAUCUUAAAGUCCUGGAAAUGGGAAGCACCAGAGCUAAGGUAUAUCUUAUCCAUCAUCAGAAAGUGUAGUCUGGUGGUGCAAUGGUUCAGUGCUGGUCACAGGAUCCUAGUGACUGGCUGUUCUAGGUUCAGAUUUCAUCUGUGAUAGGCUGUUCUUUCUCUGUGUGUGGCACCUGUUAUUUAUCAUUAUUACUAUUUUUCUCAUAUGCUACCUUCAUUUGAAAGCAAAAUUAGCUACUUUUAGUUGAUUUGGAUAUUACUGCUUUACCUAUAAAAUUCGUUUUCUUUGUUAUUGUUCUUUUCUUUUAUAAUGUUUUCUUUGAUUAAAAUGCAUCUGUAUAUGUCUAACAGAAUGCAUAAUGAUGUCUGUUUAUUUGCCAGUGUUUUAAGAUAUUUUGCACCUUAUGUUCUGAGCUUCAGCAUGACAUGCAACUGUCCCUCCCUUCUUUCCUAAAACAAACUGGGAAUCCACCUGUUUGACAAUGUGUAAAGGAUCUGAUGUUUGUUAAUAGGAGUGCCUUUCAAGCCGUCAGUAUUUUUCUUUCAGCAGUAAAAUUCUCUUCCAGAAAACUGGAUUCAUUAGUGAUAAUUUUUGUUCUGUUUUUGGAUAAUUAUGGAAUGGAAGUGCAAUACUGUUAUUUGGGCUAGGCUUUUGUAUAGAUGGAAAAAAGAACUAUUUAUACCAUCUUGUGAUAAAUUCAUUAUGCGGAUGUUUUUGAUGGCAAAAUGUGUGCAUUGUGAUGUGCCAAUUUAUCAAGGCUUUAAGAACAAAGCACUUUCAAUAUUUUCAGUUUAGGAUACAAGUUUUUUGUUCACAUUAUUUGUGAACAGUGGAUUUAUUAUGAAAGAAAAUGGUGUUGACAUAUAAUUUCACAAAGAUUAUGAUAACAAAAUUAUGAUUAUUACUUGACAUUAUCUGAUGUUUGUAAUAAUGAUUAUGAUGAUAAAUGAUUUACUUUGCUUGAAACAAAGAUUUUCAUUACAUUUGUUUCAUGUAUGAAGAGUACUGUAUGGUUAAAUUUCUCCAUUUUUCUUCACUUCUGAGAAUAAAUGGUAUUUAUGGCUAUCGGC